UUUUAAGUUUUGGCAGCUUUCAUCCUCCAUACAACAGUUUAUCUCCUGCACACACGUGGAGGCGUGGUAGGGGCGUGGCUUGGCAGCUGCGUCAUCUUAUCAGGAAGAAGCGCUCCAGUUUACAGCGAGGAGAGAAGAAGCGCGAUUCAUCAGUGCAUUAUGCCUGAUGAGAUGGCGAGGCCCUUAAUCCGCGAACGAGGCGAAGGAGGAGGCUCCAGACGUCUCGAAGCCUCCGCGUCUGAACUCGGCGCACCAGUCAUCGGCAUCCUGGGCACGGGCGACUUCUCCCGCUCGCUGGCCAGAAGGCUGGUGGCCUCGGGCUACCAGGUGGUGGUGGGGAGCCGAAACCCCAAGCGCUCUGUGGCUUUGUUCCCUGAAGAGGCCGAGGUGACGUCCCAGAUGGAGGCGGCUAGCCAGGCCGACCUGGUCUUCGUCGCGGUGUUCCCCGAGCACCACUCCACGCUGGUGGAGCUGAAGCCGACACUGGCCGGGAAGACGCUGGUGGACGUCAGCAACGGUCUGAGAAUCAACCAGGACGGGCCCUCGAACGCCGAACAGCUGGCCGACCUGUUUCCAGAGAGUUCUGUAGUCAAAGGAUUCAACACCGUAUCGGCCUGGACGCUCCAGAUGGGACCUCGGGAUGGAAGCAGGCAGAUUUUCCUGUGCAGUGACAGUAGCAAGGCCAAGAGCUCGGUGAUGCAGCUCUGUCGCAGAAUGGGCUUCAUCCCCGUCGAUAUGGGCCUCCUCUCCUCUUCUCUGGAGAUCGAAAACCUCCCCCUCUAUCUAUUCCCCUCCUGGCACGCCCCGGUCCUCUGCACCCUGUCCCUGUUCGUCUUCUUCUACAUGUACAACUUCCUCCACGACGUCCUGCAUCCCUACCUCAAAACAAAAGAGAGCGCCUUCUACAAAAUGCCCAUCGACACCGUUAACGUCACUCUUCCCUCCGUGGCUUUGGUGAUGCUGUCGCUGGUCUACGUGCCUGGUUUGUGCGCCGCUUUCCUCCAGCUGUGGUGGGGCACCAAGUACAACCGCUUCCCUCGUUGGCUGGACCGCUGGCUAACCCGGAGGAAGCAGUUUGGGCUGUGCAGCUUCCUGUGUGCGGUCCUCCACGCCAUCUACAGUCUGUGUCUCCCCAUGAGGAAGUCUGCCCGCUUCAAACUGCUCCUCGCUUUCAAAAAGAUAAAGGAGGGGUCGGAGGAGGGCUUGUGGGACAACGAGGAGGUGUGGAGGAUGGAGCUGUACGUCUCAGUGGGCAUCAUGGCCCUCGGGCUGCUCGCUCUGCUGGCUGUCACCUCGCUACCCUCAGUGGCCGACACUGUCAACUGGAGGGAGUUCAGCUUCAUACAGUCCACACUCGGUUACUGUGCCUUGUCCAUGGCCACCCUCCACACACUCCUCUUUGGGUGGGACCGUGCGUUCGAUCCGGCCCGGUACCACUUCUACCUGCCUCCCACCUUCAUGCUGGUCCUGAUUCUCCCCCUCGCGGUGCUGCUGUGCCGCCUGGCCCUCUUCGUACCCUGCGUUGCCCGGCGGCUCAGGCAGAUCCGCCGCGGCUGGGAGAAGAGCCGACACAUCCGCUUCACCCUGCCGGACGACGACUGCCGCAACGGGCUGGAGGAUGUCAGCAACGUGUGAGAAACGCUGAGAUCCAGACAGAGAGGAGUUAAAGUAGAGGUCUUUAUGUGUCACUCACACAGGAGAUAAAUGAUUUAUACACCGCUGGAAUGUUUUGAAGACUCCUCUCUGAGGAGAGAGAGAUUUCAGAGAUGUGCAAGCUUCUUUUCAUCAAAUUAGCUGGUAGUUCCUUAGAGGUAUUUAACCAGUAGAGCUGUGGGCGUCAACCUUAUUGCACUAUGCAUCGUCACUAACGAGUAUUUAGUUGGUCCUUAUGCGAUUUACUUUAAUUUAUUGUUACGUUUAGUACUCUAUUUGAAGCUUCAAACCAGAACUGAAGUAGAACAUUAUUAGCUUCUGGUUUAAUUUAUGCAAAACUGUCACUGUUAUACUUUUAUGAAUCUGCUGAAGACUUUACAACUGAAGCAGUACUACAGAUUUUUCUUCAUUAUUGAGUCUGAGAAAUAAGAUUUCAUCACUCCGAUGAUCAGAAGUAGACUUGGCCUUCCUCUUGGCUUGUGCAUUCCUUUGUUAUCUUUGCAAUACUUUGAAAUUCAUUUUCUGUCGUAGUCAUUCAAACUGUUAGGGACUGUAUGGAAAUUGUUUGGGUUGGGAGCGAGGCAUAGCGUAAAGAAUUAUAGAUGAUGUGCCCCAAUUUAAACAUUUGACGUCCUCCACCAUAAUGCAAAUUAGAAGUGAAAGUAUCAAUAAUCAAAUUUAUAGCAAAUAAUGUGAACCUUUUUAUAUUCUAGCCAAGAGCUGCUAAAUGUUAAGCUCCCGUUUUAUGCAUAAGGGAAUUCGGUUUCAUGUGCAAAGUGAUAUAUGCAAAGAAAGCUUUAUGUGUCUUGGAUACAAUUUGUUAACUUUGGAAGAACAUAUGAUUAAAGCUAGGGUUGGUAAUAUUAAGAAACUAGCAAGAGUACGCUAGAUUAGAAAAUGAGCAAAAAAAUUAUUUGAAAAUUACCAAAUCUAGCUUUAAGUGUGUCCAUUCAUGGACUGAAAACAAGCGUCCAGAACUGAUCAUAUUAGUUGUAUGAUCCAAGAAAGUCCGACUACAUCCACCCGUCCCCCCCUAAUAAUUUGUGUGCAGUCCGUUACUCAGGUGUUGUUUAUAAACUAUCAUGUGCCAACUGGAAACCCAAAGUCUGAAGCAAUACUGCUGCAGUAGUUGCCACACUUGGCUGCUACGUGUUGGUUUGCAUUGUUUAGUACAGAAAACUACCAUUGACGUAUUUCCUUUUUUUUGUACUAAAUUGAUUAGUACUUAAAAUAUCAAUAGGCUGUUACAGAGUUUAUUUUACUGUUUUCAAUGUGAGUCUGAAAAACAGUUUUCUGCUGUUGUUGCGAUUGUUGUUUUAUUCUGAGUUUGUAUUGUCUCAUUUUAAUGUGUUCUUGCCAAAGACGAGUCUCCGUUACGUGAUCGCUUCGAUGUUUUCUGAAUCUAAAAUGUCAUAGUAGUGUACUGAGAUUUAAGCAGAGGCUUUAAUGUAAACAAUCAAAUGGACAUUUCUAUAAAAUAGAAUAAAACUACUUUUCUACAA